UCAGUUAUACAUUGUGUUCGAAUAAAUUUUUUAUCAGUGGGCUUGGAUAUUUCUUCUUGUUUGUAAUGAAAAUGUCAUUUCCUAAUGAUCGAGGUCCGUGGGACACAAGUAAUGGUCCAGAUUAUCCAGGAUAUCCCGCCGAUAUAAAUGGAUACCCAGGAAUAUGGGAUCCACAUCACUGCCUUUCAGCUCCAAACAGUGCAUUAAGUGGAUAUCCAGAUAUUUUGACAGCAUUUAAUUCUGAUUUAGUAUGGCAAAGACAGCAAUGCGGUGGUUUAGUCCCUAAUCGUUUAGGGCGAAACGGUUCUUCAAAUGGUACACAACAACCAAAGAAGACUCGAAGAAGAGUUGCAACGAUCGCUCAAAGAAGAGCCGCCAAUAUCAGGGAACGAAGAAGAAUGUUUAAUUUGAAUGAAGCAUUUGACAAACUACGUAGAAAGGUACCAACAUUUGCUUACGAAAAACGUCUGUCUCGUAUCGAAACACUCAGACUUGCUAUCACUUACAUAAGUUUUAUGGCGGAACUUCUCCAUGGGCAUCCUCAAGAUCAUAAAAAUUCAGACAUUUACCCACCGAGGGAAUACAUUCCAUACGGCUUGAUAAAUUAAAAUUAUACACCUGUAAUUACUAUAACUUAUUGUAUGCUUGCGCAAUAAUUGUUUCAAUGUUAUAUUCCGUAAAAUCUAUUGAUAAUAUGAAUUAAAUCUCAUCAAAGUUGGAUAACUUAUAUUAGACAAUAGAUUGAAAACUAUAGUUUUUCACUUUCCAUUAUGUAGCUGAGGUAAAAAUUGAAAUAGUUACUAUUAUUUUUAUAUUAUUUUUCUUGAUCUAAUAUCGAAGCCAGCAAUUGAAAUGAUUGUCUAAUUUUAUCCCUCGUUACGAUUGAUACAAUUUACAGAAAAGCCAAAAUACUUUUUUAUUGCUAAUAUUUGAAACUACAUCAACAAGUUAAUUUAACUUGUUUACAUAUUAAUUUAGCUUCCAAUCUCGAGAUGGCAGUCGACAUAGAAAUCCCUGUAUUGAAAAGUCGGGAGAUGAGCGGUCGUUCCAAGAUUGGUUGGCCUCGAGCUAAGAAAUUAAUAGCGGCUCCAAUAGGACCUAACCUAAUAUAACCUAGUGAACCGGUUCUCCAGCGAUAUGGCCGAAUAACGCAACUGCAGCUAUACCCACCUUAUAAAAAUCCUCCUUGUCCUACUGAAGAAUAUCUCUCUCUCUCUCUCUCUCUCUCUCUCUAUACGAGAAGCGUGCGAAACAAUGAUAUGUUUAAAUGAUCAACCAAUGGAACCACUGAAUAUAUUUUAGGUUCGUUCCAACCCAUCAAAAAACCAUCCUCGGUACGGUAACGAUUCUGCGCAAUAGAGAUUACGUGUUCCAACCGACUUAGGUAUCGAUUGUGAACCGUUUCCGGGACGGUCUUUUCGAUAUUUGGUUAAUAGCACGUUGUUACAGGAAUAAUUAUAUACGGACAGUUAAAUCGAGAAGGAAUGUCCUAUUAAAGUGCCGACGAUAUAUAUUUUCUCUCUCGUUUACGUUGCACAUGCUCGAGAAUGCGCAAAACCGAGCUGGAGCUUCGGAGGAUCGAAAAACGUUAAAACUCUUUCUUUCUUAGUCGGAAUAGCUUCCAUUUAUAGAAACUGUUCAUAUAAAAAUAUUACAGAUACAGUGAAACCUAGUUAAUUGGGAUCUCAAGGGACCAAGACAUAUGUACCAAUUAUUGAGGGUUUCCAAUGAUCCAGUUUUCCAAUUAAGCAGGUUUAAACUUAUAGUUGUCUUAUUUACAGAGGCCCCCGCUUACAGAGGUCGAAAUGUGCCGUUAUUGCAUUUUUAGAGGUGAAAAUGUUAAUAAAAAUGCGUAUUUUUGGUGUUAUGAAUUUAGUAUAGGUAUAAAUGUACAUACAGUUGAUGACUUGAAGUAAUCGGUUAUGUUUGUUUGUACUUGAUUGCUAGUUGCUGAAACCUAUUUCUUGAUAGGAUAAAUUUGAUCAAAAAUAUUAGAAUUAUCAAUAUUUGUCAUUUCGAAACACUUGUGUAAAGUUUCUAAAGCUUCCAUUACCUCACGAUUUGAAAUUUUCACUGGAGUCUCUUAACAGUCUUCUGCUUCUUCUUCUUCUUCUUCUUUCUUCUUCUUCUGUGUCUAAAGAAGAAUACAUAGCAACUAUGUCAUCAUCAUUGAGCUCCUCUGAAAUGAGUACAUUAUCAUCCAAAAAAACGAAAUCCUGAAAAGUCGCCUGCUGCUCAUUUAAGUCAUUCCUACAUGUGGUAAAUAUUCUAUCCCAUUUUGGAAACGUUGCACAGAUCUCCAACUCUUCUUGUGGGCUCUCAGGUUCAGAUACAUUCGUCACUUUGAAUCCAGCUUUUUUGAAGUAAUGACUAAUUAUGGUUUUGUUAACAGAAAACCAAGCUUUUCUUGCAAAUCUCAUGGCUGGAGGAUGUUGAUUUUUUCCUCUUCUAUAGAUUUAAGAACAUACCGAACAACUUCCUUCCUAUAGUAAACCUUAAAGUUGUUAAAAAUACCCAGAUCCAUGGGCUGCAAUUUACUUGUGGUAUUGGCAGGUAAGUACAAUAAUGUAACAUAGUCUAAUUUGGGCAUAUUGUGGUGAGCUGUGCAGUUGUCGACAAAUGUCGACAAUGAUUUUUCGUUUUUGGGCCCUCAUAUCAGAAGUCAUCCCGGCCUUAUUAUUACUUUGAUAAUUAAUAGGCAACGUGGGCUCUUAGAUUUUCCAAUUAAAAGAAGUAACAGUUUUUGAGUUCCAGACAUAUUCACACUUACAAGUAGAGUGACCCGAACUUUACUCAAUUUACCACCAUGGCAAGGCUGACCUUUGAACGUAAUUGUUUUAUCCGGUAGACACUUGUAGAAUAAGCACGCUUCAUCGGCGUUGAAUAUAUCAUCGGGGGAAUAAUCGUGCAAUAAAGCUGGAACGUUUUUAAUCCACUUAUUACAUUCUUUAUUGUCCACAGAACUGCUCUCGCCACAAACAUUUUUGAUUCCGAUAUCGUUUCUUUUCUUAAAUCCUUCCAACCACCCAUUACUGCCAGAAAAAUUAUCAAUAUGGAGCUUACUUGCACAUUCUUGAGCUUUCUCUUUAAUCAUUGGUCCGCUUAUUGGAAUGUUAUUAUUCCUUACCUGAUGUAUCCUUGUACAGAGACACUUUUCAACUUCAGGAUACUCUGCUGCUCGUAUCCGUUUGAGUUUUCCUUUUCCAUCAAUACACUGAGACCGAAUUUUCUCGUUGUUAAUAAUAAUUAAUACACAGAGUUAACUUUGGUAUAUUAUUUUCCCUACACAGUUCAUCGCGCGACUUUCCACAAUCAUAAUCUGAUAAAAUUUGUAAUUUUUCAGAUGUUGUUAACGUUUUAUAUUUAUGUUUGUACUUUUGUACACUUUUAUUCCCUUGUUCUUAGGUCAAAAUCUGAGAUAGUAAUGACAAACAAAGCAAUCGCGAAAGACGACGCAAAAAUCAAAAUGUGUUAAAACCUGAUUAAUUUGUUUCACUUAUACAGGUAAUUGUGUGCUACAGAGUCUUAAUUAUAGAGAUAAACAUCGAAAAAGUCUUAGAACUCAGAUCUCAUUUAACAAAGUUGAAAAAGGGCCAUUAACAGUGGUAAUUUAAUGAAAAAGAAUCGGAACCUCAUUGCAACUCUCAAUAAUAGAGGUUUCUCACAAUUAUCCAGGUCCCACUUAACCAGGUUUCACUGUAUGUAAUUUCUAUAUUGAAAAGUUCUGCCAAUUUUAGAAAGAAACAGCCUCUGGUCUAAGGUCUGUUUCACUAUGCGGGAAUUGGUGAAAGGAGAUAAAGGAGUAGAGAAAUAUAGCGAUUGAAGGAGUACGAUACAAGAAAUUGAAACGAAACUUUCUUUGUACCUCAUUCUAAUCAUAUGUGUACGAGUAAUACUCCUGUAUGGACAGUUCUUAUGGGAAAAAACGUCUCUACGUUACGGUGCCGACAGUAUUCAUUUUCUCUCUCGUUCGAGACACUUUAUCUAUACUGCGCAUGCUUGAAAAUUCUCUAAAAUAUCAGCAGUGAGAAAAUAAUAACUAACUGAAGGAGGAGGAGAUUCUAAUAUUGGAACACUAAUUUUAUUGAAAACGCAGUCCAGUAUUACUUUGUCUAUGAUAGAGGACAUAUAUGCUUAAGACAUAUAUUCAAAUUAUAGAAGUUAUAUGAAGGAAUUAACAUUUAUAGACAUACAUAAACAAAUAUGGUCUGUUUUGUUUACAUAUGCAAAAGUAGGCAACUCGUAAUGAUCUUCUAAAUAAUAAACCAAAAUAUUGAAUAAUGGACUAUCAAUUAUUAUAAUAUAACAUAAUAAUUACAAAAUUUAAUUUACCUUACGAAAUAUGUACCUUACAAAUUACCAAAGAUGUGGAUUUCAUGUCAAAAACAAUUUUUUGAAAUGAAGGAUAGAAAUAAGUUAUGUGUAGAUAUAUAUCAUUCAAUGCUUUAUUUGUUGAAAUAUAUUCAAUGAGUCUUCCUUACAUUGUACCUAG